CACUGCUAUAUAACUGUAUUUAUUGUGGCUAUUUUUAUUCUUUUUAUCACCUUCAACAUUUUCACCAGACGGUUGUUACCAAUUGUACUCCAUUAACAACCCCAAUCUGACUACCGAGUCGUGCAUUGAAUCCUGCAAAAUGUUGUCCAUACCUUAUGCUGGUGUUGUUACUAAAAGCAAGGAGUGUUUCUGCGGAUUAAUUUUUGACGUUGGCUCAAACUCCAGUUGCUUAUAUUAUGGACCUCGUACUUCAUGUUGUGCUAGCUCGUGCCUUGAGAACAGGGUUUUCUCCUGUGGCAAUUUAGGAGAACUGACUGUUUUUGAUCUUCUUCCUGGUCCUGACAAUUCUGUUACUCCCAGAGAGCAACAGACGACCGAAAAGUCAACUAGCGUGAUGGCAAUUUCUACGAAUCAUGCUGGGCAACAGUCAACGAUAACUCAGCAUGAAUCUACACCGCCCUUUAUCACAGGAAAAGGAGUGACGGCCGCGGUCCUAGGAACUUUAUGUGGAAUCCUGCUCAUCUACAGUGUUAUAGUUUCUUUGUUGCUUUACUUAUCAAGACGAACUCGACGAUCCUCGAAGAACUCUAAAGAGCCCACUGCUGCCAAGCAGAAACCAUACACCGGUCUUGAUCGGACGAAUCCCGAACGCCAUUCCUAUCAAGGCAUAUACCUGAGCCCAAACGGAGAAGGAGAUCAAUGCCCUAAUUCCUUCCAAACUCAUUCCUACCAAGAGAUCGUAACUCCUUGCUCCUCCUACCGAAAUGACGCGGUGGGGCAAGUGCGCGGACGACAGGCGGCGCAGGAAGCAAGAAGAAGUGCCCCCGACGAUCCUGGUGACAUGCACUACGUCAUACCUGAACUCUAAACAAAUUAUGUUAUGUAAGGAACCCGGAAAAUUGAGAGUUAUUAUUUUGUCAUAGAUACAGGGUUUUGAAUAUGAUCGCAGUUUGAUUGCAGGGUAGGUGCAGGUUAAUGAUUAGAUUACAGUUUGGUAUAGUGUUUGAUACAAGGUUAAAGUUAUGAAUAUAGCUAGUGUAUAGGAACACGACUGCGGAGUAAUCGUCGCCGGAGUAUAUGUCGUAGCACCCGGGUUUUAACUGUGUUUCAUAUCUAAAAUGAUUACAAAUUCGUUUAUUCAUGAAAUUAAGAACAUAGAUUUAGCUUAUCACUAAUAGCAUACCUGUAUAGUGUAUAUAAUAUAUGCCCUAUAUCUUAUAUUUUUUCCAAAAUGUAGAACAAACGUGUACGAGAACAAUAAUUGUUUUUGUUAUAAAAGGAAGAUCGUCACGCAUUUACCCUUGUCUAUACAUACAAUUUAUUCACAUGUUCGGCAGUAGUUUCAAUGAAGUGUAUAACUGUCACUGUCAUCACUGACAAAGGAGAUAUUUUAGAAGAGAAGAAUAGAAGAAUGGAUCAUUAUGUCAACAUGCAGAUUCCUGUUAUCUCAUGCCAUUAGCGUAGUUGUAUAUCACCAUAUUUUAUAUUUUGGAGAUGCAUACCGGAUAAGUUUACCAGUUUGUCAGUUUUGAUUUAACUAAAUCAUGAUUUGAUAUGAGCUGACGAAUGUAUACCCAAUUUAAUUGGAAAAUGUAAUCACUCUGUAUUAUGUCUUCGAGUUUUUGUCGAAUUCGAUUAUGUACGUAACAAAGCCAAAGAUUGACCGUGACUAGUUUCUAUGCUGUACGAAAUUAUGCAAUAUUAUUCAACCAUAUAGCUGCGAAAAUUAUGUUAUUAUUUAACGGAUCAUUGUAAUAGUGGUUGAAUAAUAACCAGUACCCGACUUCCAGUAGUUUUGUCGGCACUCACCUCAUUGUUUGGCCCAUAUCAACAAUAUAUUUAAGCAAUAAGGGUUUUGACUGUAUAUGAAUUAGGUAGAUUUCAACUGGGAGAAUUUAUGUACAGGUCUGAAAAGGGACUAUUACCAAACUCACUUAAAAACUGGUUUAGAUGCAACAAUGAUGUACAUUGUUAUAACACCCGAAACUCCAAGAAUUUGCAUAGCAUUUAUUACAGAACUGCUACUGGCCAAAGAAGUGUUAAGUACCAGGGUUACCUUACAUGGUCUGCUUUAGACGACAGUCUCAAACAAUCCGCAUCAUUACGACAAUUUAAGUUGAAAAAUA